UCUACUUCUAGCUUAGUUAGCUAGCCAGCUAAUAAUACAGUUUGACAUCACAACAACAACACUGAUAUCAGUUCCUCUGUAAAGCCUUGACAACUGGUGUGUAAUUUAACCUACCAGAUCUGCAUUGCUAAGGUCAUUUGGACUAAUCAGCUCAGCUCUGGCCUGGCCAUGGGGUGUAACCCUCAGGCAGAGGGGAUUAGGGAUUCACGUCGCCAGAGGCACAGGACAAGAUAGGCUUGUCCUAUUCUUAGUGUGGGAUGGCAGUCAAGUCUGUACUUGCUUGGCUGUCAGUAUGGAACUGGGCAAAGCCAAGUUGCUGAGGUCAGGUCUGAACACGCUACACCAAGCCAUCCACCCCGUCCACGGAAUAGCCUGGACUGACGGGAAGCAGGUCUGCCUCACCUCCCUCUACUACGCCAACUGCGAAGUCAAAUUCGGCGACACCAACGUCAUCGGUCAAUUUGAGCAUGUCUUCGGCCUCUCCUGGGGCCCUCUGUGCUGUUCCGGCGCUCCUGCCCUGUUGGCCGUCCAACACAAGAAACAUGUCACAGUGUGGCAGCUGCAGCUCAGCGCUCUGGAACAGAACAAGCUGCUCUGCACUCAGACCUGUGAGAUGAGUGAACCAUUCCCCCUGCUGUCUGAGGGAUGUGUCUGGCAUCCCAAGAUGGACAUCCUUUCUGUCCUCACUAAGAAAGACGCCUCUGUGCUGUUCUGCGUCCGCAUGGACAACCGUAGAGUCAAGGCUGAUAUUAAAGGCAGUGGACUCAUCCACUGUGCCUGCUGGACCAAAGAUGGCACCCGGUUGGUUUUGGCUAUAGGAAGCGCCCUUCACUCCUACAUCUAUAAUGAUGUUCAGAAGAGUCUUUUAGCCUGCUCCUUCUGCCCCAUCUUUGACGUGGGCGGGUACAUCUGUGCUAUCGAGUCGACAGGCGAGGCCCAGGUGGCAGUAGCUACAGAGCUGCCUCUGGAUAGGAUCUGCGGGCUGAAUGCUGGCAUAGCAUUCGACGUGUCCUCAGAUUCAGAGUCCUCCCUACCUGGACAUUCUUCUCCUAUGGUGAUGUUGGACGAGGACGGUUGUAUAGACCCCCGCAGGAGGUCCUUUGACUCUGAGAGGUCCUACCUCUCCUGCUCAGCCUCCGGCGGCCCUAUGGACCUCACCCACCUCCUGGCCAAGCACCGGCGCUCAGACCCUAGUCCACUCAUACACCUGCGCCGCAGGGACCACCUGACUGGCUCCGGACAAGAUUCAUCCCACCUUAUCCUGGUCACCUACGAACGGAAAGUCACCAGCACCAGUAAGAUCAGCAUCCCUGGGAUCCUGGUGCCGGACAUCAUGGCCUUUGACUCCAGAGGUUCCACGGUGGCGGUGGCCUCCAACACGUGUAGCAUGGUGCUGGUCUACUGCAUCACGCCGUCCGUCAUGCCCAAUGUCCAGCAGAUCUCCUUACAGAAAAACGAGAGGCCCAAAGGCAUCUGCUUUCUUAGUGACAAGAUGUUGCUUCUCAUGAUUGGCAUACAUAAGUCCAACGACCCUGCCUUCCUCCCCUCCUCCAAUACGGACAAAUACAUCCUGCGCCUUGCCUCCAAGGAGAUUGUCUACAACGGAGGAACCCCGGCGUCUCCCUCCCCGAACCGGGAAUCCCCCAUUAGACGCCACUCGAAGCAUGUCUUGUCUAAGGACGAGCAGCAGGAGAUUGUGGAGAUUAAGGAGCUGGUGCUGCCGGGAGGAGGUGUAAUCCAGUCCCAUUCUCCAGGGAGUAGCAACAGGAGGCUGGUGGAGGAGGUGAGGAGCCCGGAGCCCAGCUCAGUCGACUUCCCCUACUCUGACCUCUGUCGCCCCUCUGACCAACCUCACUCUAACGCUUCCUCCAUUACGGUCGAAAACUUCGACAUGGAACCCGUCAACCGGAUGACGAUGCUCUCCAUGGCAGGACAGGCUAGCAGGGAGUCAAGUCGAACCUGCUCCCCAUACUACAACCCUAGGGAUAAGCCCCACACAGAGUUCCCCACCCUGCCCAAAACCACCCCCUUGGCCCCCAGGGAGAAGGAGAGGAACCUGGAGCAGCUGUCUCAGAACAUGGAGAGGAUUUUCUCUCGUUUUUCUGAGGUGCAACAGUGUCUGACAGAGAUCAGGGAUUUCACCCGGAACGGCAAAAAGGGUCUGGGGACUAGUUACCCCAACGCCUGUGAACCUCCAUACAUUAACAUUACAUGUCAGAAGCAGCUGUCUGAGAAUGUGUUUAUAGAUGAGAGAAGGCCAGUGUUGCUGUGUGAGGGGAAGCUGUGUCUGAAGGUUCUUCAGGAGCUCUUCAACCUCACUGUAGUAGAGAUGGUGUAUGGUCCGUUGUGGAUAGUCCUGGUAGCGGAUGCAGAGGGCUUUGUGCCCCUGAUUUUUAAACCCAAAGAGGAGUUGACGGUGAGGAACGGAAAGAGGAAAUCUCCCAUCAGAACCCCUGGCAGCCCAGACUCCUUCCCCUCCAGCCCAGUCAAAUCCCACUCCAGCCCCGACAAAUCUCCUUCCAGCCCAGUCAAAUCUUACCCCAACACAGAGACUUGAACACAGCAUAAAUCUCAAAACAGAGACUUCAGCAUAGUGGGAGAGAGCACAGAGCAUGGGACUACCGACUAGCAUAACACAUAGGAGAUGUCAAUGCUUUAUGCAUGCAUAUCUAAAAACUGCACACACGCAAAGACUCAACCCCUCGGCAGCUUUUUAUGAACAAGCAGUACUGGGUGGCAAAUGUUCCUUUUUCAUUUGGGGGAUUAUUUGACACACUUUUGAAAGAAGCACCUUUCAAACAGAUUGUUUACAUUUAGUGCCUUUGGAGAUUAUAUUAGACUUUAUUUGUCUUUGUAUUAUGCCCAUCUGGUUCUAGUUUAAUCAGAGCACUGAAGUAUGAUAGGGCAGCUGCCACCACAUCCCAAAGAGAUUUAUCCUGUUUGUGUGUUAUACGAUUGUAUAUUAUUAAAACCUUCAAAUGUUUAAAAUG